AUGGGAAGCAUGCAAGAACAGCAGCUACAGCGAGGGACUGGCGGCAGCAACCGUAUCGCCGCCAUCAACGUCGACGGAACGCCGCCCAUGAUCAUCACCGCCACCACCACUGAUCAUGACAAUGAUGAUAAGAAACCUGGCUGGAAAAAAUUUCUGGCUCAUGUUGGCCCUGGUUUUCUCGUCUCUUUGGCUUAUCUUGACCCUGGAAACUUGGAAACUGAUCUCCAAGCUGGAGCUAACCAUGGAUACGAGUUACUAUGGAUAAUCCUCAUUGGGUUAAUCUUUGCUCUCAUAAUCCAGUCUCUCGCAGCUAAUCUAGGCGUGACUACAGGGAAGCAUCUUUCAGAGUUAUGUAAAGCUGAGUACCCAUUAUUUGUCAAGUACUGUUUAUGGUUGCUUGCUGAGCUUGCCGUUAUAGCUGCAGACAUUCCAGAAGUGAUAGGAACAGCCUUUGCACUGAAUAUACUGUUCAAUAUUCCAGUUUGGGGUGGAGUUCUUCUGACCGGUUCAAGCACUCUCCUCCUCCUUGGUCUGCAACGAUAUGGGGUUCGAAAGCUGGAACUGCUGAUAUCAGUGCUUGUGUUCGUAAUGGCAGCUUGUUUCUUUGGGGAAAUGGGUUACGUGAAACCACCAGCCUCCGGCGUAGUCAAGGGAAUGUUUAUUCCUAAGCUCUCUGGCCAAGGAGCCACCGGCGACGCCAUUGCCCUUUUGGGUGCUCUCAUCAUGCCGCACAAUCUUUUUCUGCACUCGGCUCUUGUGCUCUCGAGGAAAGUACCCAAUUCAGUUCGUGGAGUCAAUGAGGCAUGCCGAUAUUUCUUGAUAGAAAGUGGAUUUGCAUUGUUUGUAGCAUUCUUGAUCAAUGUAGCUGUGAUAUCUGUUUCGGGUACUGUUUGCUCUGCUUCUAACCUUUCUGAUGACAAUUCUAAUCGAUGUACUGAUCUCACUCUCAACUCUGCCUCUUUCCUUCUCCAGAAUGUGUUGGGAAAAUCAAGCAAAAUUGUGUAUGCUAUUGCUCUACUAGCCUCAGGCCAAAGCUCGGCAAUUACAGGCACUUAUGCAGGACAAUUCAUCAUGCAGGGUUUCUUGGACCUUAAGAUGAAGAAAUGGUUGAGGAAUUUAUUGACUAGGUGCAUUGCCAUUACACCAAGUCUUAUCGUCUCCAUCAUUGGUGGCUCAUCCGGAGCUGGCCGACUCAUUAUUAUUGCUUCGAUGAUUCUUUCUUUUGAGCUUCCUUUCGCUCUAAUCCCACUUCUUAAAUUUAGUAGCAGUGCCACCAAAAUGGGACCCUACAAGAACUCAAUUUUCAUAAUCGUGGUGUCAUGGAUUCUAGGGUUUGGAAUUAUAGGAAUAAACGUAUAUUACCUAAUCACAGCCUUCGUGGGUUGGCUAAUUCACAGUACUUUACCAAAAGUGGCGAAUGUGUUCAUUGGAAUCUUGGUAUUUCCACUAAUGGCAAUUUAUGUGAUCGCUGUCAUCUACCUCACUUUCAGAAAAGAUGUGGUCGUAACCUAUAUUCCACCGGCAAAGCACGACCCCAUUGCCCAAACCCAAAUGGAAAAUGGCCAAAGCUUCGACCCCAAUACAAUGCCUUGCACUGUUCCCUAUAGAGAGGAUUUGGCUGAUAUUCCUCUGCCUCACUACUAG